AUGGACAUGAUGAAGAUAUUGAGAAAUAAAACAUCACUGCUGUUUGACAUGCGGACAGUCAGUCUGAAGAUCAUUUUGGUUAUUCUUUGGCUUACUACAGGUGAUGAGUGUCGCACAUUAACUGUUCAGACUGGUGGAUCUGUUAUUAUUCCAUGUCAUUAUGAAAGUAAAUACACCCAACACAAGAAAUACUGGUGCUAUCAUCCAUUAGGAUCUUACAGUUCCUGCUCUUUUCUGGCAUAUGCAAAUGAAACUAAAAGAAACGUGUCAGUAAUUGAUCAUCCUGAUCAGAGUUUAUUUACUGUCACUAUGAGAAACCUGCAGGAGCAAAACACUGGAACUUACUGGUGUGCUGUGGAAAUUAAUAGAGACUGCGAUGUGACAGAAAGGUUUUACCUCAAAAUCCAAUCAGCUCCCGAUGUCUCUGUGAUGUCCAGCAGUGUAACUGCAGAUGAAGGUGGUAAUAUCAGUGUUCAGUGUCUCUACACUUCAACAUAUAAGAAUAAACACAAACAGUGGUGCAGAUAUAAAGACAAGAGAUGUUACACAGUGGGAAGAUCUGACACAUCCCAGAAUGCAUCAGUUAAGAUCAGUGAUGAUUGGAGAGGAUCUUUGACUCUGGUGAUGUCUGGACUGAUGAAGAGUGAUUCUGGCUGGUAUUACUGUUCUGUAGGAGAUCUACAGGCUCCUGUUCAACUCACAGUCACUGCAGUGACUACAGACAGCAACUCAACAAGACACAUGAAAGACAUCCCAUAUGAUAAUCUGAAGAUGUGGCCUCUACUCAUUGUUCUCCUUCUGCUGCUGAUUCUGGUUACUGUGACAUCUGUAAUACUGAGAAACAAACACAGGAGAAAGAACAAUCACAUCUCAAAAGAGAAAACAGACAAAGUCAGUGAUGAAGAUGACUCGGUUAUUUCAUCCUCAGUGAAUCCUGAAUGUGAUGUGACGUACAGUUCUGUGAUUAAUCUUCCCAAGACUGAAGCAUGUGGACCAGCUGACGUAGAGGACAAUGUGAUCUACAGCUCUGUACACAUAUAGGUGUUUGGUAUGAAUUAAAUACCUGAACAAAAAUGAACACAGAAACAAGAGCAUGGAAAACAGAACCACAGAUAAAGUUGUUUUGAAAAUAUGACAUUAUGAAAUUAUUUUAUUAUUUGACUGCCUCUAGAUUUACUGUACAAUACAGUCUAAAUUUUGUUUAUUUGUUUUGCAUGUGCAAAAAAGUGUG